AUGUACGACUUCCUGUAUGAUCUUCCUCACUCUCGCUUUGCUAUCAAUGCUCUAUGCUUUUCGCAGGAUGCUUGUGUACUUGCUAGUGGUGAUGAUGAUGGAUAUAUCCGGCUUUUUGAUUUUCCACUAGGCAAGGAAUUGCGUAGGCUGAGGGUUGCUACUGCUGUAACAUCACUUCUAUGGCAUCCAAACAAACCUGAUGUUAUCCUUAUUGGUGAUGCAAGAGGCAUUGUCACUGUUAUGAACCUUCAUGCAGAAGUUCAAGGUUUUUCUCUUCGCACUGGGGUUAAUGCUCCAGUAGAUACAUUGGCCUACGAUGCCUGCAAUGAGUGUCUUGCUGUAGGAGUUGGUACUGAUAUUGUCCUAUUUAAUCAUCCUGAAGACCCUUGGACAUUUGGUUCAAACAUUCCGCCACCACCUAUGGCCAGCAUGGAUGAUAACAGGCUCUUACUACCGUUACCCCGUGCUCUGAAAUUCAGUGACAAUGGAUGUUCUCUCGUUGCAGUAUAUUUUCAACAUGGUAUUGUCUCCUGGCAGAUAAAGUCGCUUCAACCGGAAUGGACCAUAUGGCCAAAAAGCACACGUGUUGGAGGGGCCUGUUUCUCAGCCGAUGGAAAGACCAUCAUUGUGUCAAAUUUUUCUGAUGGCUUCGACUGUUACGAUAUCAGAAAUGGCAAGCACUUGGCCAACCUCCCAACCCCAAUCAUUCACAAUGUCCCGCUACCAUCACUAUUCAUCGAAGGAAACAUGAAUACCGUCCUUCAGGUACUAAGACACAGUGGUACGAACCUUGAGAUUGAUGAUACUGCUAGUACACCAACUGAUUUUGAUGCACCCCCUAGAACACAACAUGAUUCAGGCAUUGGGAAGGCAUAUUGUGAAAACGAGGCAAAAUUCAUCGCAACAGCCUUGUCCGAGGCUGAUUCAAACAAUUAUAUUUGGAUCUGGAGGACAAGUACGAGUGAGAAACACUUUUUUUUGAAUAUCCGUACAGGUCCUUACAUUGGUGGCUUGAAUGCGACAGCCUCACAAAAGAUCACAGGCUCAUCACAAUCACGGCCGAGUAUUGGUAUAUAUGUUGUGUUGAUAUUUCUUGCCAUAACAUUUGUUUGGGUUGGACUUGGACGUUUAGGUGUCAACGUAGUAGUGCAGGUCCGUCCUCGGUCUGCUGCAUCCUUCUCCUGCCCUCGUUUACAGCUCACAACAGGCCCACGCCGUGGAAAGAAAAAUCAUGGAAGCUUUAGAAUUCUCGCACUGCUUCGCCAAUCGAGCCUUUGA